GAAUUUGGCAAUAGAGUGAAACAUUGGAUUACUUUGAAUGAACCGAGGAGUGUGAGUAAGAAUGGCUAUGCAAAUGGCAGGUUUGCACCUGGUCGGUGUUCUGAUUGCCUGUGGUAAAUGCAAUGUGAUUGUCGGUUGAGAGUUUAGCAUUUUGUUCUUUUUUUUGUUUUGAUGUUUUUGAUUUUGUUUUUGCUUAUAUGAAUGUGAUAUUUAAGAUGGUUUCUUAUUUUCUGUAGCCAACAAUAAUGUUCAUAGGAUUAUCCCUUCAUGGGCUUUAUGCCAUCUUAUUAUUCUUGCUGAUCCUCUUUUUCUUUUCCUCCUCACUUCGGAAGGGCAGGAUGAAUAUGAAAAUGAUGGGUUUAUAGUGGAUGAGGACGAAGAGGAGGAUGAAGAAGAAGAUAGAACAGAAUCUGAUGAUAAGCCACAGAAGAAAAAGAAGAGCAAGGAAAAGGAGGAGUAUGUCCUUGAUGAAGAUGAUUAUGAAUUGUUGGAGGACAAUAAUAUCAAUAUUCAUCGUUGGAAGGAGAGCAAAAAGUUUAAGGAGGGAUACCGAGGAAGAGCCCUUUGGGCUGUCUGAUGAGGAGGAGUUUGUUGGGAGUGGUAAAGUUGGGCGAACUACUGAGGAGAAGCUUAAACACAGUUUAUUUGGUGAUGAUGAAGUGUGUAUGCAGGCAUCUCAAAAGGGUUUAAUAGGGAUUACCUUGAAUUCUGACUGGUAUGUGCCGGUUUCUAAAGAGAAAUCUGAUCAAGAUGUUGCAUGUAGGGGCCUUGACUUCAUGUUUGGAUGGCCGUGAUUGACAGGGUUACCAACUUGAGGAAGGACAUUAUCGAAGGUCACACAGGCAAGAACUUCAUUGAGGAGAACAGUUGGAAGUAUGCAUUGUUGGAUGAGCGACAGCGUGAAAAAAAAUUGAUUUCCUUUGUUAGGGAAAAAAACUGAGUACGGGAUGAUCCAAGAAAUUAAGAAAAGUAAUUUUUGUAUGGCAAUAUUACUAAGACAGAUAAGAGAUAUGGCUCUUACAUUUCUUGGGUUCCUGAUUCUUUGUUGAAGAAAGUGUUAAAUGGAGAGAAAUAUCUGAAGCUCUAUAGCUACCAUUACCUGAUAAAAUUCUAUUCAUUGCACUCUGUAUUUCAGCUUCUAAUCACAGUCCAUUCUUGAUUUUGCUAGACCAAAUCAUGAUGGUCUGUACAGAGCUAUAGACAUCUAUUUGAAGGUAGGAUUUUGUUAAUUCUUCAUGGUUUUUGUGGCUAUUCCUGCUUAGUUCAUAACUUUUGGUUGUUGUGUGUCUCAAGGAAAAAAAUUAACCAUAGAGUUGAGAUAUUAGACUUACAAUUUAUUUUCUUCU